ACAAACAUGUUCGAUAUUUUUCCUUUACGGGGCUUCCUAGUUUCUAACCUUAAUUAUAUAAAGGUAAAUUAUUUUGAUCCGUACACCGUAAUCCAAUCCACAGUUUUCUCCGCAUCUCUCUCUCUCUCUCUCUCUAAAAAUCCCUUUUUCCACACUAAAAAGCCUCUCUCUCCCAUCUCUCUCACCAUUUUCUCUCCCACCACCAAACCAAACCAACCCAACCCAACCGGCCACAACAAUUCCCAAAUGGCCAGUUUCAUCUCAAAAUCCAGAACCCUAAUUCCCAAUUACAUGUCAAUAACCCUCCGUCAUAGAUCCUCACGCGCCGCCACAAAAGGACAAUUAUUCGAAAUUGAUACAUCUUCAACAACAUCAUUAUCAACGGAGGGUGAACAUGAGAUGACACUGAAGCUGUUUGAUGAAUUGAUCCAUCGAAUUUUGGUUAAAAAAUCAACACCUGAUUGGUUACCUUUUGUUCCUGGAUCUUCUUUUUGGGUUCCACCUAGACCUACUCCUUCUAAUGUUGUUCAUUUGGUUCAUAAGAUUACUGAUGCUGAAAAUCAAUUACCUUUUUCUAAUGAUGAAUCUCUUUCUUUUUCUUCUGUUCGUGGUUGGCCUUCUUCCAAUUACUUCAUAAAAGGGAAUGCUCAUGGUGGGGAUAGUGGUGUGGAGUUGAAUUUCCCAGAAGGGAUGGAGGGGCCAGUGAAAGUGAAGGUUUUCACAUUUCCAGAAAAUUUAGCUUCUUCCGAAGAGGAAGAAGGGUGAACUAUAACUUAGCUCACCCAGUUGCUGUGGAUUUUCAUGGUGCAGCCUAAGCUCGACGAGAAGUCCAAAAAAAGUGAGGAAACAAAAAACUAAGCUAUUUGGAGUUUGAGAAGGGCGAUGCAAGCAAAUGGAAAUUUCUGCAGAUGCAAGCACUGGUGAUAGUUCUGGAAUUAACCUUCUCACUCUACAUGGUCUCGACUUUGAUCUGUUUAAUCAGUAUAUGUUGAAUAUUUGCAAUGUUGUUAUUAUGUUGAAUCAUUGUAGGGUGAAAUGUAUGUAUUUUAUGGAACUAAUAAAGUUAAAGCUUGUUGGAGUAUUUCUCGGAACUAGCAAGCACACCCUCAGUUUAGUACAUAUAUUAUGUUGUAAAUAUAUCUAUUACUAAUAAACAUUUCUUUGGUUA